GCCUUGAGUUGCAACACUUGUACUAAUGAAGCUGACGAAACUAAAUGUGCAGCAACAGCCUGCUCUCCAACUGACAAACUAUGUCAGAGCACUUAUACCCUCACUGCACCAGAUGUUCCAGUAUCAAAGGCAUGUGCUGAGGUUUGCCCACCAUCCGCUACUGUGAAGUGCUGUGGUACAUCUCAGUGUAACGUGGACCUCUUGAAAUGCUACACCUGCACCGACUUGACAGACGAAACUAUGUGUAAAGAUAUUACAGUCUGUGGGUACGGUGACAAGUUCUGUAAAACCACUUACAAACUAACUGGAACUGAUGUCACCGUCAGCAAGGGAUGUGCAUCAACUUGUACUGUAACAACAGCUUUCCCGCGAGAUGAGUGCUGUCAGGGAGAACUGUGUAACGCACCUCUAAUCAAGUCUUGUCAGACAUGUGAUAAUGAGAAGGUUGAAAGUAACUGUGCGGAGAAAGAUUGUGCAACCCCUAGCUCCUUCUGCCAAAGAAAAAUCGACUUCACUAAAGAUGGAUUCCCUGUUACAAAGGGAUGUGCAGCACAAUGCACUGCAAGUGACACAGCGUCGUGCUGUCAGGUAUCGAACUGCAGAGUAAACACCUUGAGUUGCCUGCAGUGUGAUGCUCAGACUGAUGAAACUCAGUGCAAGGCGGGCGUGUGCACUGUAGGCACUUUCUGUCAGAACAGCUACACCUUCACUAACCUUGCCAGCAUCAAAGUCACAAAGACAUGUGAGUCCGCUUGCACAGCGACCAACACAGUGAACUGCUGCCAAACAUCCAACUGCAAUGUGAAAGCCUUGUUCUGUUAUACCUGUGACAAACAGAGUGAUGAAACGCUGUGUACAACUGUAAAAGCCUGCGGAUCAGCUUCGGGAAAAUGUUCAUCUGUUUAUGAAACAGGUGUAGAUGGUAAACUCACUGUGACAAAGGGCUGUGAGGCGUCUCGUGGUGCCUGUGUACCCGGAAGAGUGGGCAACAAGCAGACAACAUGCUGCGAUACGGACCUCUGUAAUGUGCCAGUUUUGAAAUGCUACACUUGCAACAAAAUUAAGUCUGAAACUGACUGCACUACCUUAACUGCCUGCGACUUCAGUGUCGGGUUCUGUUUUGCCUAUUAUGAUACAAAUCCAACAGGAACGACCGUCAGAAAGGGCUGUGACAGAACCUGUGCCCGUCUUGAUGAUCUGUCAAGGAGGAGAACUUGCUGCACUACAGACCUGUGCAAUGAGCCUAAACUGAGUUGCUACACCUGUAAUGGACUGGCAGAUGAAAAGCAAUGUACCACGGUCACAGCAUGCAGUGCUGAAAGCAAGUUCUGCAAGACAGUUCGCAGCACCAUUGCAGGAAAAACGACUGCUGUCACGAAGACCUGUGAGGCCACUUGCACAGCAUCGAGCACAGUCUUCCAAACUGUAGAGUGCUGCCAGGCCAGCCAGUGUAACGAAUACCAAGAAAGGGGUACAGGUGCGUCCCCGUCCACCCAAGCCAGCUCCCUCCUGCUGGCCGUGUCGAUCAGCCUGCUCACCAUGCUGCUCAAAUCAGCAUGAGAGGAUUCUACCACCAAAAACUCUGAAUGCAAUGAAUUGGUUGACAAUACAAUGAGUCAUUCAGGUUGUGAAAGAUAUACAUUAAAAACAAUUACUUAGGUAUUUAGUACCAGAGCAUAUAUUACACAGUACUCACUCAGGUGUUAUGUGGUAGCUAUAGUUUAGUUUAAAGGGAAGGAAGGUAACUUUGUAAAGAAUUAUGUAGGUGGGUUGUAACGGUAGUAAGUGGCACCAAGGCUUAGUUUUCUGUGCUUCAGUGUACGCAGUCUUGUCACUAAGCCCCUCUUUCGUUGUGGUGGAAAUCAUUUGUUUGUUUGUAAUUUAAUUGAGGAUUUAUAUUUCAAACAACUGCCUGACAUGAAUUAAAAAAAUAGAACCAAAACCAGAACCAAAUGAUAAGAAACACUAGAAAGGGGGGCCUGUGAUAAUGCUGCUCCAGCUAAUGCAAGGCCACAGAGAGGAGUUUCUUUAAUUCUGGGCUUUGGGAUUUCUUAUAGGACUUGUACUCUGCAGUACUUACUGUCUAGCUUGUGUUUCAGAAUAUGUUGUUCAUGUAUCGUGUUUCGUACAAUAAACAAUAUUUUUCUGACACUA